CUGCUGCACUGCGCACACCAGUAUCGGCUGCGACACCUCUGAGCCGCAUUCCUGAAAACGAGAAUUUUUUAUGGAAUUCCAUGAUGAUGGUUCGGACCCACAGUAACGAAUCGCACGUGUCCCUCGCAACACCCGUGAGUUUUCCGACUCCGUCCGCCGCUGCUCGUCUGUUCCGCACGAGCUUGCUGCAGGGGCCCUCCAGUCCCUCCGAGGCCAUUGCAGCAGGGCAGCGAACCGAAGUGGCAUUGGAGACCAUCAAUCUAGAUUUGCAUUUGGAAUUCCGCUUACCUGUGUCGCCGCUUCUAGCUCGUUCUUUCAUUGAGAAAGUGCCACGUGGAAAUCUGAAGCUUAUCGAGUUAGGCUUGCGCAUAGCGUCCGACGAAAGAGUCGGGAUGCCGACAAAAGCGGAUACAGCAACGUAGUUCUGUUACCUGAAUACUAUUGGCUUUUUCUAGUACUAGUAGCCGGUCAUCUCCGUGACCUGUUAUAAGUUCCAUGGAUUAGCAUGUUGAACAUGAAUAACACGCUCUCAAAAUAAUCAAUACCUCGAGAAAUCUUCACAGGCUUCUGACCGCAGUUGGACCGGGUGCCAAAAAUGGAGGUGCAGAGGGAGGCGAGCUGAUGAUGAGACGCCAGCGCGGUAGUGCAUGGUCGACGGUGAAUUCUCGGCAAACGGGGAACUCUUGGACGUAUACUAAGAUCGCCCGUUAUUUUCUCGACGCAGACCCUGAAUUCUGGGUUAGCGCGAGAACGGUUCGCGCUGCUGCGGAAAACCAACUUUCUACGAUGUUGUGGUCAGCAACUGGCGGAGGAAGGACGGCAACCACUUCUAGUAUAGAAGAGGCCCAAACGAGAUGGUUCACGGCCGCACGCUGGGUAUCUAGCGAUGAAGCAGACAGGAUAGACCACACAGCGCGAUUCUUUGCGUCCGCACAUGUGCAGCGGUCUUUUGCGUUGGGAGAAGAAGGCUAUGGACCAAAAACUUUUUACAGAUUGAAGAAAUUUGUGAUAAAUGACUGUAUGUUCAUUUCAAUGAAACUGUAACGGAUAUUACUAGAACUAUGUACACAAAAGUGAAAGUCAGAGGUGGAACAAGUAGGUUGAACAUCGAGUUGAUGCUUUUGCUGCACUUUCUUCUUUUUCAUACAUCUCGAGAAGAGGUAUUGCCUCACAUUGAAGAGGCGGAUAUUGUCUCGGCAGCAGGGAAACUACGGCUUUUGCGAAUCAAUGGCGUUGGAAGCGCUUUGGAUGCCUUGACCCAGAUGGAUGGCGAGUAUCCACUUUUUGUUUUCCAAGUCAUGACGGAGUGGUAUGCCUUUGCACUGUUAAGGUUUCAAGGUUUACACAAUAUUCUACAUCUAACAGUUCCAAGAGAUGCAUCUGCGUCUUACAAGGGCCUCAAAAGGGAUUAGAGGAAGCAUCCAGAGUUUCAUAGAGAAAAAAACAAUAGAACAGUAGAAGUAGAACAGUGAUGUCCAUAUUUGUUGGGGGGAAAGUUCGUCCCGAGUUCUAAUGAAACUGCGCACGGAGCCAGAGGAAGCUAAGGACUGGAAGACGGUGCGCUACAAUGUCAUACGCGUUCUAGAACGAGCGCUGCGUCAUGUUUGUCCCACACCAUUGGAGGAAGUCCUCCAAAAUGCUGGGGGCAAUGACGGGAGAGCGCAGCAGGCUACAGACAGAGAGUUUUUGUCGCGGCCGCUGAGCGCUGCGGCGUCGUCCUCGUCCGGACAACCAGGUUCAGGCAGACAGCACAAAUCCCCGUCGCGCGGAAAUUCCCGCCGCAGUAGCAAGGACAGUUGCGUGAGUGCCGCGUCCUCAGCACCUGCAGCGGAGCAGAAUUUGCAGGCGCGAGCUGAGAGGGGUCAGAACUUGGUUGAUAGAUUAGCGGAGCAUUUUUCUCGCAUGGCCUGUAAGGAAGCAGCGGACAGGGCUGGACUUCUAGACCAAUACGAUCGCCACCAAAACUUUGCAGGCGCACCAGCGUCGGAUGCAGCAGACGUCGAAAGCGAAUGGCAACAACACCAACAGCGAGCGGACCUAGACGAACCGGGACAACAUCUUCAAUGCAGUCGUGGACAUCGAGGAGCCCCGCGAGCGUUGUUGCGCGAUACGAAGCUUCGACGUAGAAUCUACGCGCUGCUCAAGCGUCACUCGCGGAUGGCGGACGGUUUCGAUCAGCCCAGGACCACAGCCCUCAUACGAAAACUGACAGUUUUGGAGCAAGGCUUUUUUUAG